UCGUAAUCUAGGCGUUGUGCUGUCAAACUUCACAAACAGAAAAGUGCUCUAUUAAACUGAAAUUAUGUGUAUGUAAACGAAUAUAUCAAAGAUGGGAGGACUGUUUUCUUCAAAAGGCAAAGAUAAAAAGACAGAAUCAAGAGUUACAGAACAAGACAAAGCAGUAUUGCAAUUAAAGCAACAAAGGGACAAACUAAAGCAAUACCAAAAGAAGAUCAAUGUACAGAUAGAGAAAGACAGAAAUGUGGCUAAACAGCUGCUGCAUGAUGGGAAGAAAGAUAAAGCUAAGUUGAUGUUAAGGAAGAAAAAGUUCCAGGAGUCACUACUUGAGAAGACUGAUGGACAGUUAGAUAACAUUGACAGAAUGGUGACUGAUUUAGAAUUUGCUCAAGUAGAAAGCCAGGUUGUACAAGGACUUAAAGUCGGCAAUGAAUCCCUAAAGAAAUUACAUCAGUUGCUGUCGCUAGAAGAUGUUGAAAAGAUAAUGGAUGAAACCAGAGAAGGAAUAGAAUACCAGCAAGAAAUAGAUGAUCUGUUAUCAGGAGGACUUACAGCACAAGAUGAAGAUGAUGUAUUAGCAGAACUAGAUGCUAUUGUACAGGCUGAAGUAACAGAUGAACUACCUGAAGUACCAGACGAUGAACUUCCUGAAGAUAAAAGGAAAGACAAACCCAGGAAAGAGAAGAGACAAGCAGAAGCCCUUGCAUCAUGACACAUGGACAAACAUAGUGUAUUGUCUUUAAAACUAUAACCUAUAUACAAAAACUAUGAAAUGGAAUGAAAAAGAUCACUAGUAGUCACACUGAGAAUAGAAAUUACUGCACUACAGAAUUUUUUUUCUAAGAAUUCUGGAAAAUGGAUAAUCAAAGACUUAUUUAUUUAACCAUAUUAAAUUUGAUUUGAAAGUUUGUCAUUAUAACUUGAGACAGAUAGUUUCAUCUAAAAUCAUAACAGUUAUUUUCGCAUUAUGGUAUUUCAUGUAAAAAUAAAUUGUUGGUAAGUUUCACUGCUGUAAUUAGAGUUUAAAAAAUAAAUGAUCAUUAACUUUCAACAUCAUCAAUAGAUAUGGGUGAACAAAUUUAGAAAUAGACCGAUAGACAUGUUUGUGUUAUAUUAUAAGAUAUAUGGGAAAUUUGAUAAUUAUUUUUGGACUUUACAUUAUUUGAAUAGUCUGCAUAAUUUUAUGGAAAAAGAUAUGCUAAAUGAAAUUUGACAGUUUGUUUUACUCGAUCAUUUUGUUUAAUUUUUUCAAUAUUUUACCCCAAAAAUGUUUCAAAUACUUAAUUUUCUGAAAGUAUUAAAUUUAAUAUUAGUAUAUGUAUGAAAUUUUGUUAGUGUCACCAUGUAAGAUGGUUUCUUACUUUCCUAAUGGUACAAUGUAUGGUACAAAAUUUUGAAUGAUUUCUGAUGACUGCACAUUUUUUUAUUGUCAAAUAUGAAGGUAAAUUUUAGGAAUAUAUUUUUUUGUCUUUUUAUAUAUUGAAAAAAGAUAAACAAAAACAAUUUUAAUUUGCUUGUAAAUCUUUAUAUGCAUUCAGAAGAAAUUUGAUGUAAGAAAUUGAAGUAAUUAAAUAAUUAAUACAUUGUGUGUUAUGAUAUUUGCUACUGUAAAUUAAAGCAGAUUAAUUCCAAAUGAAGCCUGUAUAAUAUAUUUUCGUUAUGAUGGGAUUCCAUAAUGAAACAAGUUUGACAGGAAAACAAUCGAUGAAUAGUUCCAAAUGUUUAAAAUAAACAUUUUAUAAAAAGACUUUCAUGCAGGAGGAAUUAUUAUUGAUAAUUUUCCAUAUGUACUUUAAGUAUCUUUAAGGAUAAUGCAUAAUAUAAGUAUAUAAGCUCUGAGAGACAACGAUACGGUAUAAUCAGUAUUGAGCUGUGGUUACAUAACAUUUAAUUUGGUUUUAUUUUGAUAGCUAAUUUUCAAAUGACGUUUCCAAGAAAAAAUCAAAUCAACAUCAGGUUCCUAAAAACAGUGUUGUGUUAAAUAUUGAACAGCAAAAUUAGGAGUUUGAUACUCAGGUUUUGGGGUUUAAUAAUGGUUUAGAGAAAUGAAAUGGUCAAAUUGAUGAUCAAACUGCCUAAAUGGGAGCUUAUUUAAAAUGAAAAGGCUCUACUGAUGAUGCUAUAAAUAACAGAAAUCUGUUUGUCCAUUGAUUUUGUGAUUUACAUACAACUUAGACAGUAGUUUUCUUACAUUAAUCAUCAUGUAUCGUUUUACAUGUAAAUAUAAUAAUGUGUUAGUUUCUUACCUUUUCUGUUAUAAGUUGGCAUUUUUUAGUGGUAAUCUUACAUAUACACAUCUUAUUAAAAUAUAUUUUUUAUUA